GAAUUACCGACCCAAUUUAAAAGAUAAACAUGAAAAAGAAAACAAAUCGGAUCCAACCCGCCAUAUAACCGCUCCAGGAUCCUAUCCUAUCUUCAGAUAAGACGCCUCCUCCUCCUUGAAGCCUGUACUCCCAGAUUUCAACCAUGGCUUCCAUCGCUGUUCCUCAGGCACUGUAUAUGAUACCCACAAAAUUUCAAUCCAAGAGACUCGCGGCGGUUUCCUCCUUUCUACCACCAUUCCACUCAGCUUCUGCUUCAUCAGGAUGUCGCUUCACUUCUGGAAUCCGUAAUCGCAAUUCUUUUGUGGUUAGAGCGGAGCCUGAGGCUGAGGCCGCUAGUGUUGCCGCAGCAGCAGAAGAAGCUGCUGAAGAUGAAGCGCUGAAGGAAGAAGAGGAGGUUGUUGAAGAGAAGCCACCUAAGAAACCUAUUGUAAAGCUUGGCGAUAUCAUGGGGAUUCUAAACAAGCAAGCCAUUGAAGCUUCAGAUACUUCAAGGCCAGUUCCUGACCUUAGAACCGGAGACAUUGUUGAAAUCAAAUUGGAAGUGCCCGAGAACAGGCGUCGGUUGUCUAUAUAUAAGGGUAUUGUAAUCUCAAAACAAAAUGCCGGUAUCCACACCACAAUUCGUAUUCGAAGGAUCAUUGCUGGAGUUGGGGUCGAAAUUGUGUUCCCUAUAUAUUCUCCAAACAUCAAGGAAAUAAAAGUGGUGAAGCACAGGAAAGUCCGCAGAGCACGGUUGUAUUACUUGCGCGACAAGCUUCCUCGACUCUCUACUUUCAAAUGAAAACCAAGACCUUCCGGUUUCUUCUCCUGGAGAAAUAUGUGUUUUAUGACAAAUAUAUUGCCAUUGAUGUCUUUAAGAUCUCUUAGCAUGUAAUUUGUAACUUUUGAAGUGUUUUUUUGGUUCCUUUUGAUUAGCUUACGCAUUCAUAGUGUACUAUUGAUUUGUUGGUUUAUGACGGUUCUGCCCUUACCUAGAUCACAUUCUCAUUGUAAUCAAUUAGGAUCUGUUUGGCAUGAGAUAAUGGAAUGAACGAGAUAAAAAGUAAUGGAAUCGACAACAGAAAAUGGAUU